GUGAUGACUUUAACUCAAGAUAGCAUAAUAUUUUGCACAGACAGCAUACAAGACCUUUCCAUAGGACAAGAUAAAAAGACUGGUCCCUCUGAAAGCUCCAGUGUAGAUAAUAAUGCAGCAUCUGACAGAGUCGAUGGAGGAUUGAGUAUAGAGAGACAAACUGCUUGUCUAAACCAAGCCAGUGAUACAGAUGGAGAUCAUUUUAACAACGAUGAUUGGGAAGACAAAAACUGUAAACAGACUGAAGGACAAAGGACCGAAGAUGAUGCCUCAAAAAAUGAUACAGAAAGUAAAAGAUCAGUGACGACAUUAACUCAAGAUAGCAUAAAAUAUUGCACAGACAGCAUACAAGACCUUUCCAUAGGACAAGAUAAAAAGUCUGGUCCCUCUGAAAGCUCCAGUGUAGAUAAUAAUGCAGCAUCUGACAGAGUCGAUGGAGGAUUGAGUAUAGAGAGACAAACUGCUUGUCUAAACCAAGCCGGUGAUACAGAUGGAGAUCAUUUUAACAACGAUGAUUGGGAAGACAAAUACUGUAAACAGACUGAAGGACAAAGGACCGAAGAUGAUGCCUCAAAAAAUGAUUCAGAAAGUAAAAGAUCAGUGACGACUUUAACUCAAGAUAGCAUAAAAUAUUGCACAGACAGCGUACAAGACCUUUCCAUAGGACAAGAUAAAAAGACUGGUCCCUCUGAAAGCUCCAGUGUAGAUAAUAAUGCAGCAUCUGACAAAGUCGAUGGAGGAUUGAGUAUAGAGAGACAAACUGCUUGUCUAAACCAAGCCGGUGAUACAGAUGGAGAUCAUUUUAACAACGAUGAUGAGGAAGACAAAAACUGUAAACAGACUGAAGGACAAAGGACCAAAGAUGAUGCCUCAAAAAAUGAUUCAGAAAGUAAAAGAUCAGUGAUGACUUUAACUCAAGAUAGCAUAAAAUGUUGCACAGACAGCACACAAGACCUUUCCAUAGGACAAGAUAAAAAGACUGGUCCCUCUGAAAGCUCCAGUGUAGAUAAUAAUGCAGCAUCUGAUAGAGUUGAUGGAAGAUUGAGUAUAGAGAGACAAACUGCUUGUUUAAACCAAGCUGGUGAUACAGAUGGAGAUCAUUUUAACAACGAUGAUGGGGAAGACAAAGACUGUAAACAGUCUGAAGGACAAAGGACCAAAGAUGAUGCCUCAAAAAAUGAUUCAGAAAGUAAAAGAUCAGUGAUGACUUUAACUCAAGAUAGCAUAAAAUGUUGCACAGACAGCAUACAAGACAUUUCCAUAGGACAAGAUAAAAAGACUGGUCCCUCUGAAAGCUCCAGUGUAGAUAAUAAUACAGCAUCUGACAGAGUUGAUGGAAGAUUGAGUAUAGAGAGACAAACUGCUUGUCUAAACCAAGCCGGUGAUACAGAUGGAGAUCAUUUUAACAACGAUGAUGGGGAAGACAAAGACUGUAAACAGUCUGAAGGACAAAGGACCGAAGAUGAUGCCUCAAAAAAUGAUUCAGAAAGUAAAAGAUCAAUGAUGACUUUAACUCAAGACAGCAUAAAAUGUUGCACAGACAGCACACAUGACCUUUCUAUAGGACAAGAUAAAAAGACUGGUCCCUCUGAAAGCUCCAGUGUAGAUAAUAAUGCUGCAUCUGACAGAGCUGAUGGAGGAUUGAGUAUAGAGAGACAAACUGCUUGUCUAAACCAAGCCGAUGAUACAGAUGGAGAUCAUUUUAAUGACGAUGAUGGGGAAGACAAAGACUGUAAACAGUCUGAAGGACAAAGGACCAAAGAUGAUGCCUCAAAAAAUGAUUCAGAAAGUAAAAGAUCAACGAUUACUUUGGUAAGAAGUCCUAAAGAUACCAGUCAAGUAGCUGAUGAAGACAUUGAAAAAGAAAAUCUAGAGUUUUCUUCAGAUGGAAUUAAUCCAGAGCUGGAAGAACCUGAUUUAGAGCUACUGGAAAAGCAAGUACCUGAUUUAGAGCUACCGGAAGAACCUAACACCAAAUUAUUGAAAUACGGUAAAAGGAAGCAGAAAGUUACAAUAGCAGUUUUAAUCAGGCGUGUCUGGUCUCUUCUGAUAUUAAUUCUGCUACAUUGUAGGGGAGAGUCCAAUGUACAUGAGCUGUGUCCUAAAUCAUUGCCAAAAGUGCCUUACAACAUUUCGGAGCUAGUUGAUAUCUUUAUAUAUACUGUUGGUUUUCGUGGUCCAACAGUUGUACCAGCUGAAAAUCGUACUGAGGAGCCAUCUGCCCUACCACCAGCAAAUUUAUACAGAAAUGGGAUGGAAGCCAUGAACACCGGUGAUAUACCAGAGAGCACUUUAAGAACAGCUGAAAAUGAUUCAAGAUAUAAUGACUACAAUACAAACGUUGAUAACCCUGUUAUAGAAGAGCCACUAAUGUGUAGUCUGAAUGAUGCAAACUCUUCAAGCAUUGCUGGUGACAACAUUUAUGAUGACAGUGGUAAUUACAACAGCGUGAGAGACGGUCACCUUGAUAUAACUGUAAGACAGCAAAGCUGCCAUUCAACAGUACCAUUACCGUCUUUAAAGAACACCAGCAGUCAGUACCAGUCAACCUUCGAUGCCGUUUCUAUAGCUCAGGAGAAUUACAUGCCACAUUUUGCAUAUACUGGCACUUCUUGUACGGUUGCAAAUGAGAGGUUUCCUUUCGGAGAAGUUAGGAGUAGACUUUUCCAAGAUGGCAGAAGUACAGCGGCUGCAGUUCCUAGAAGAGGAACAACCCACAUUCAAGAAGGCACCAGACCUCAAAGUGAUGAUGUUGAAAUACAAAGUUACCUGUUCAAUUUGACUCAAUUUAACUCACCAUAUGAUAUUCCUCCUGGAUUGUCAGACAGAAAUAACAGGGCCAACACCUUCAGAUACCUGCCUUGGCCACAUGCAUAUCCUGCACCACAGCAGAUGGCUGAUGCUGGUUUCUUUUACACUGGUAUUCGGGAUGUCACACAGUGUUUUUAUUGUGGAAACUGCAUUGAUGAUUGGAAUCCAGGAGAUGAUCCGUUUGUUGAACACAGAAAUCUCUAUCCAGACUGCAACUAUGUGAUUGUACAUUCACAAAAUAGAGCUCCAUCUGAGCCCCAGCAGCCUGAUCUUCAUCUGCAUGGGGAACAAAACAGAAGUUACAAUGAAAGAUUUAGGUUUUCCUUGGCUCCAGAGGAAAUUCUGUUUGGUCCACACAGAAGCCAGGAAUCUUCUGGGAUACAAGAAACAUGCGAUUCUCAAAAUGUCAGCAGUCAGACUGAAGGGCCAUCACUUGUAAAUGAUGAAAUAGAGGAGGCAGUUUCUCGACAGCAGAGGAGGUCUCCUCCAGACAGGAGAUCUGUGUCACUAAGGAUUCAACCUGAGUUUCAUGUUGAGGCAACUGACCAGUCCCACCAACCUGGUAACACUCCUGCUGGGAGGCCUACAAGAAUCCAUGUGAACCCUUCUUCGCAGAGAGUAAGACCUACAGAGCGCAUAAGAAGACCAGGUGAUAUUGAGGGAAUUCUAGAUUCACAAGUUGGCAGACUGGUUCUUUAUGAAGGCUUCUCUAGAAGAAAUGUUGCUGAAGCUGUAGAGAACAUACUCAGAGAUGAUGGUGUUGUCACAUACCAUUCCAUAUUAAUGGCCUUGGUAGCAUUGGGGGCCAGGCUGAGACGACGUCGAGGGGUGAGACCAUGUUAGUACCUUAAAGUAGCUUUCAGGUGCUAAGGCAACUCUGUGUUUGUUAUGAUUAUUACUGAAAGACACUAGAAUUAUGUGCCAUUGAUGAAAACUGUGAUUCUUUGAUUUAAAGAUUGGAUAAAUAUCACCAUGUGAUACUUGCGACAUUUGACUGUUUCAUUAAAAAUGCUUGGCAAACCCGUAUUUAGCAGGCUAAUUUUGCAGAACCCUUGUGUACAGUGUAUCAGUUUGUUAAGAGCAGUAUUGCUAUCGAUACUUGGAAUGAGACGUUUAUGAAUUAUUGCUGGUUUGUCAAGUACAUAUCUAAAAUGGUCUACUAGGUUGACAUAUAAGUAUGCCAUGUAGCAAUUAAACAAUUUUUAGCUAUUUUCAAAAAAGUAAAAGAAAAAACUGUUUGUGUACGUUCUUGUAGCUAUAUAUAACCUACACUAGUAGUAUUCCUUAACUGUUACAGGAUAAAACUGUAUAGUACACAGUAAUCAAGCAAUUUUCUCAGUUUAAGGACUUAACAGGACACAAGCUGUUAUAAGUAAAAUUAUGUGAUGACCAUCUUCCAUACAUAACUAACAUGAACAACUGUAAAUAUCACUCACUGGUAUUAAAUCAUAUUAGAUUUUCUCAAAUACUUUCAUGGGCUUCAUGUUUGGAACAGAGAAUACACGGUUGUUGUUAUUUUGGAAUUUGUACAUUAAAUAGCUUCACUAAACUCUUCAACAAUUCUUUCCAGUCCAGCUUAAUAUUUUUUCGUUUCGUAUUUAAGCGGGUUGGUAUAGUCUAAUAUAUAUUAAUUCAAUAAAUGCAUUUUAUCAGUCUAUACCUUUUGGAGUGUUGUUUUGUGGUAUAGUCUGAUACAGUGGUGCAUUAUUAUUUGCUCUUUAUACAUUGUAGAGGUAAUAUGCAAUUAAAGACAUGGACUUUCUUAAUUCAAAUGAAAUCUAAGAUAAAGUGUUCAUUUUCAUAACAUUUCUUUCUUCAGUCAUGUGGGUAAAAAGAUUAUUAAUUGUGAUGAAAGUAAAGUAUCUUUGUUUUACCACGCAAACACCAGCAUGCAUACUCAUUGUGAAUACUGUUUAUAAGUUAUAUAUUAUCAUGCUUUAUUGUAUUGUCUGAAAUUUGUACAUACAUACUAUGUGUCUUGUUCAUAUCUUCAUCUCAUGUUAUGGAGGAUUAAAGGAAAAAUAAAGUUGGAAGACAGCCAGGCAGAGAUGACAUCGAAGGGCAAGAGCAUGUUAGCACCUGAAAAUAGCUUUAAAUUUACUAUGAUUAUUACUGAAAGUCCCUAGAAUAAUGUGCCAUUGAUGAAAACUGUGAUUCUUUAAUUUAUUGAUUGUAUAAAUAUCAUCAUUGUAAAGCUUUUUUUUGUUGAUUAUAUUAUGUUUUAACUUUAUUGUAAUACUAUGUGGAUUAUAUUUUAUAAAGGUGCAUGUACAUUGCUAGUAAUAUUUCAAAAGAUCUUUUUACUUUUGCAUUCAUUUAGCCAGAGCUUUUUUUGUUUUUGUUUUGCUUUGUUUUGUUUUUAGAUUUUGAACAGAUAAGUAUGAGCAUCAUGAUCAUAGAAUCUUACUUGUAUUUUUACUUUUGGCAAAUCUGAUAAAAGGUGAGAAAACAUAACAUGUUGAAAAUAUUUGGGGUAUUUACUGUAAGUCUUCUCAUAACUAACACUUUUAGGCAUUUUUCAAACAGAGAAGAUUAUAUUUUACAAAUAAAUAAAUAUUUGUAAAAAUAAAAAAAUGCCACGCCACCCCUUCUACACCUCAAUAAAAGAAAACCAAAAAAAAAACUGUUGAUCGUCUUUAUUGUGAUGACUCAUCUUUUAUGUUAAGAGCCUUCAUGUUGAAACGUCUUCCCGAAAUCUUGUGUGUCCAACUCCUCUCACACUAUAAGCCAGAUUUGCACCAAACUUUCACAGAUGAUAAAUCUUGAUGUGCAGAUGACCAUUAAGGAAGAAACUUUUGCUGUGACUAUUUUUACCGCAGUUACGGUCUUGUAAUAGUUUUGCUAUGUAGAGUAUAGACCAGAGAAAAAUCUUGUGUGUCCAACUUCUCAAACACUUGAGAGGAUAUGCUUGAAAGUUUCACAGAUGAAGGACAUUGAUGCAAAGAUGACCGUAAAUAAUGGACUUUUUUCUGUAUCUGCACAUUUCUAGAAUUAUGGCCUUUUCUUAAUUUCACAAAAUAGGCCAUAGUGAAUAAAUUUGGUGUGUUUAGCUCCUCAUACACUUCUUGAAGGAAUAGAUUCAAAGUUGCUCAGAUGCACAACCUUAUCUGAACACAAUUCGCUUCAUACUUUAAGUCAAAUAUCACUCAUUUGAAGAUGUUCUGUACUGAAAUCUUUACUAUUUAGAGAAUGGCACAGUGGAUGGGGGCAUCCAUGUCCUAUGGACACAAUUUUAGUUGAUAAUUCAAAUUGUGUCAGUUGUAGUCUUAAAACAUGUAUUUCUGAAAGAAUUGUACAUGUAUCUUUUGUACCAUUUUCUCUUUUAUAUAUUAUCAGGUGUUGUACAAAUUCCUGGUCUUCCAGUGAAGCAAAAUUUGGUUCAGACUAGCUGGGUCUAAAGAAAACAAAAUCUUGUACUAAAACUGUGUAAAAUUAAUGUUCUCUAGCAUGAUGUUUUUAAUUAAUAAAGUCUGUUUUUACAAUCAGAUUAAAAUGUUAAAUGCAGAAAAUUGAAAAAUACCUUAGGUUUCAUACAGAACUAAUUUCGUCUAAAAGAAUCUUACUUACUUUUCAAUCGUUCUGUAUGAACCAACCUGUUGCAAGUGAAAACCUAGAGUUAAAAAAAAUGAGAUUUACAUUAGUAUUGCAUUUCUUUAUGUUCUUAACUUGUUCUGUUACACACAUAACUAAGCAUACAGUUUUUAACAAGACUUAUUUUACCAAAAUGUUGCUAGCUAAAGUAAAAGUUGACUUUUUAUACACAAACUGUGAAAUGUGUCUGACUUUUGUAACUUUUUGCUGAAAGAAAUUUCUCAAGUAAUGUAAAAAACCAAUACACAACUUGCAAUUUAGGUGGUAGAUAAGAUAUCCAUCACUUUUAAGGCAACAUUAUUAUACAUUGCUAAAAUAAUAUAUUUACAAAAUGAAUUGAUAUGGUGGAGUUCAAGGCUGGUUUUAUUUACAUUUGAAUGUCAAAAAUAUAUAUAAGAUGGUUACAGUUUUCUGUUUUCUUCAUUUUUGAAUGAGAUGUUGAUAAGAUAUUUGGAUAUUUCAGAUAUGAAUGAUUCAUUAAAUGAAUUUAAAACUUAAGACGAAGAUGUCGUAUAACAUUUUAUACAUUGAAUGAGAAUAUGGUAUAAUAAAUACAGUUGAUUCUGUUCAAAACAGCUAACCCACUAUUUUACUAUUUGCAUCAUUUCCACAGAAAAUAAGACAUUAUAAUUAUAUUAAUUUCAUCAUGAAUGAGAUAAUACAAUUGGUAAGAGUUAUGACAGAUUAAAAAAAUUUUUUUUUUCUAUUUUUUGUUUAUUCAAUAAAAAUAUCAUUAAAAAUCCUUAACUCUUUAACUGAAUAAAAUGAUAAUUCGCCAUAGAUGUAAAUGUUUUGUUGUUAUUUAGGGAAAGGAACUACUAUAUAAAUUUUCUUUCGUUCUAAUCCCUUUUGUAUUUGUGUUAUAUAUUUAUACCUGUAAAAGUUUGAUUUGAUGUUAUUUUCGAAAUAAAUAUGGUUAAACUAAAAAUUAAUAGUUUAAAACUGUGUUUUGUUGUGCUAAGAUGUUGUAUAUAGUUUGCUACUAGAUUUAAGGAUCAUGAGAUGUUAAGACCCUUAGAGUUACAUGUAUUUCUUACUUUUCUGACACAUGCAACAGCAACUUUUAUAUUUUAUGGAUGUUUUCGCAAAAAACAAACAUUUAAAAAAAAAAACAUUAUUAUGGUGAAACGCUUCUGAAAAAAAAUCUCGUUGUCGGUCAUAAUGUUAGAUAGAACCUUUUUAUUCUAAUGUGGCAAUAUUUUCCUUUAUUUAAUUUCGUCAAAUUGAUAUCUUAUUCUCUAUAAUUAACAGUAAAUAUCUUAUUCUCUUUAAUGAACAGUAAACCCUUACCAUGCUAAAUUUCUAUAAUGAACUUGUUCAUCUUUCAAUUUGGACAGUACCAUUAACUGUUAAAAGGGGUGCUUACCAAAAAGAUAUUGACUGAAUGGCGAACAGUGCAGAUUUUGCACGGAUGUGCAGGCUGAUCAUGAUCUACAAUGGUCGCAAAGGCAGAAUCAAUUGUGUCCAGCAUGAUAAAGGUUAAGUUUUGAAAAUUCCAGCACGCUGUAAUAAUCAGUGAGAAACAAAAGGAAAAAUAGAUGAAAUUGAUUGUAAGUUCACAAUGUUUUAAUGCAAGCAUGUAUAAAAUUUGAAUUUGUUUCAUUUUGUUGCACUUGUGCAAGGAUUUAAUUGAUAAUAUUUAAGGUAGAGAAAAGAAAUACAUGUAACUCCAUGAUGAAAGCAUUUUUGCUUUUAAUUAUUUGACAUGAUGACCAUUCAAAAGUGCUGUUUUAUUUUUUUAAGGGUAUCAGAUUAUACAUGUAUAAAUACAUUCUGAUUAUCAAAAUCUAUAGCUAACUUCCUAUGAAUAUUUUUUGAAAGAACAUUCUACUAUGCUUGAAAAGUGCUAUUUCUUUACUGUUUGCUGAUGGAUUCAGGCGAAAAGUAAAUUGAUUUAUUAUCUUUAUAAUAUUAUUCAGAGUAUGUAUUCUUUGAUAAAAUGGUUGAUUUUUAUAUAAUAUAAAUAAUAAUGUUAUAUGAAAAAAGGAGUAUUUGUACAUUAACCUUAAUGGUUGUAAAAGUUUAUUAAAAUUUACACUUGCUUUACUGGUAUUAUCAGAAUUUUUAUAUAGAAUUCAGCUUGUACUAUAAAUAUUCAUAGCAGCAUGGGCUGACACAGUGGCUGAAAUGGCAGAUGUUAUAUCUAUUCAUUAUUCUGGAACAAUCAGCUUAAUGGGUGAUCACUUCUUUAAAGAUGGCAACUGCUAUAUUAUUUUGUUAAGUUUGUAUUCUGCCUGUCUCAAAUUUGUUAAAUUUGCAUUCAGUAAUUUUCAGAAUUGUUCAGUUUUAACCCAGUCAGUUUCAAAAUUGUUCAGUUUUAACCCAAUCAGUUCUAAUUUUGUUAAGUUUUAAUCCAGUCAGUUUCAAAUAUGUUAAGUUUUAAUCCACUCAGUGUCAAAAUUGUUAAGUUUUAAUCCAGUCAGUUUCAAAUAUGUUAAGUUUGAAUCCACUCAGUUUCAAAUUUGUUAAGUUUUAACACAGUCAUAUUCAAAUAUGUUAAGUUUUAAUCCACUCAGUUUCAAAAUGUUUAAGUUUUAACACAGUCAAUUUUAAAUAUUAUGUUAAGUUUGAAUCCACUCGGUUUCAAAAUUGUUAAGUUUUAACACAGUCAGAUUCAAAUAUGUUAAUUUUUAAUCCACUCAGUUUCAAAAUUGUUAAGUUUUAACACAGUCGGCUUCAAAUAUGUUAAGUUUUAAUCUACUCAGUUUCAAAAUUGUUAAGUUUUACUCCAGUCAGUUUUGAAUAAGUAUAACAUUCUAUCAGUUUAAAAUUUGUUGAGUUCUCUUCCAGUUACUUAGUAAACUUGGAAUUAUAAUUUUUUAUGUUAGCUAUUGUUUAUGUUUUUGUUUAUUUAGGAAUGACCAAGUAGAUGCUACAUGAAAAAUGUUAA